AUGCCGCACGUGUUCGACAGCGACAAGGGCUUCUUCGUGCAGGUGCACGCCCACCGCCUGCCCGCCCGUCCCACGGGGCAGGUCAAAAAGAGGCAGCGCAACGCCGAGUACGUGAAGGGCCUCUUGCAGCGGGAGGACGAGAGGAAGCGGCCCUCACCGCAGGAGCGGGCCGAGCGGCGGCCUCCCGCGGAGGCAGGCCGAGGAGCGGGAGCCGAGCCAGAGGAGGGCCCGAGGCGGCGGGAGGAGGCGCGGCAGCGGGCGGAGGAGGCGGAGCGGAAGCGGCAUGCGGCGGAGGCCGCGGCGGAGGAGGAGCGGCAGAGCAGGGAGGAGGAGAAGGCGCGCAAGGCUGCCGAGGCCGAGAAGAAGCGGAGGGAGGAAGAGGAGGAGAGGAAGAGAAAGAAGGAGGAGGAGGAGGCGGAGCGCAAGGCUGCCGAGGCUGCUGAGAAGAAGCGUCUCGCGGCGGAGGCGGCCGAGGCGAAGCGGGUGGAGGAGGAGAGAAAAAAGAAAGAGGAGGAGGAGCGCAAGGCUGCCGAGGCAGCUGAGAAGAAGCGUCUCGCGGCGGAAGCCGCCGAGGCGAAGAGGGCGGAGGAGGAGAGAAAAAAGAAGGAGGAGGAGGAGCGCAAGGCUGCCGAGGCCGCGGAGCAGAAGCGUCUCGCGGCGGAGGCGGCCGAGGCGAAGCGAGUGGAGGAGGAGAGAAAAAAGAAGGAGGAGGAGGAGCGCAAGGCUGCCGAGGCUGCUGAGAAGAAGCGUCUCGCGGCGGAGGCGGCCGAGGCGAAGCGAGUGGAAGAGGAGAGAAAAAAGAAGGAGGAGGAGGAGCGCAAGGCUGCCGAGGCCGCGGAGCAGAAGCGUCUCGCGGCGGAGGCCGCCGAGGCAAAGCGGGUGGAGGAGGAGAGAAAAAAGAAGGAGGAGGAGGAGGAGCGCAAGGCUGCCGAGGCUGCUGAGAAGAAGCGUCUCGCGGCGGAGGCGGCCGAGGCGAAGCGGUUGGAGGAGGAGAAAAAAAAGAAAGAGGAGGAGGAGCGCAAGGCUGCCGAGGCAGCUGAGAAGAAGCGUCUCGCGGCGGAAGCCGCCGAGGCGAAGCGGGUGGAGGAGGAGAGAAAAAAGAAGGAGGAGGAGGAGGAGCGCAAGGCUGCCGAGGCUGCUGAGAAGAAGCGUCUCGCGGCGGAGGCGGCCGAGGCGAAGCGAGUGGAAGAGGAGAGAAAAAAAAAGAAGGAGGAGGAGGAGCGCAAGGCUGCCGAGGCCGCGGAGAAGAAGCAGAAGGACGAGGAUGAGCGGAAGCGCAGGGAUGCAGAUCGGAAGAGUGCGGCCGCCGACAAGCAGCGCGGGCCGGUGGACGACAAGAAGAGGGACGCGGCGUUUGCCGCGCUGCGCUCGGCGAUGGGCGGGGGGGAGCCCGAGGCGCUGGCGGCGGCCCUCGCGAAGGCCCGCGAGGCGGGCGUGGCCGCCGAGGCCCUGGAGGACGCGGAGGAGAUGCUCGCCGAGCUCGAGGCCGAGGAGGCCCUGGGCAAGGCGAUCGCCAGCCAGGACGUGCAGAAGUUGAGGGCGGCCAUCGCCAAGGCGGAGGCGGCAGGGCUGGACGAGGACAACGCCACCCUGGAGGAGGCGAAGGACACCCUGUGCGAGCUGGGCGGCGACGAGGACGAGGAGGAGGAGGAGGACCAGGAGCAGCUGGAGGACGAGCGGCAGCUCGCAGAGGAGCUCCUGGCAGACGCUGCCGGAGACGACGACGCGGCGGCCCUCGAGAAGGCGCUGGAGCGGGCCAGGAAGGCCGGCGUCGGCGCCGACAGCAUCGCGGAGGCCGAGGAGAGGCUCGAGGAGGUGCGGAGGCUGGCGCAGGCCCCGGGCCCGCAGCAGCCGGCAGCGGAGGAGGAGGAGGAGGAGGCGAAGGCUGCCGCGGAGGAGGAGCUGGCGGACGCCGCGGGCGGCAGCGACCUCGGCGCGCUGCGCAGGGCCAUGGCGAAGGCCGAGGCGGCCGGCGUCGACGCGGAGCUGCUGGCGGAGGCCCGGGAGCGCGCGGAGGAGCUCGAGGCGGGCGGCGAGGAGGAGCGGGAGGGGGCCGCUGGCGGGAAGGGGCCCCCGGGCGCGCCAGAGGCCGCCGUGGAGGCGCCGCGGGUGUCCGCGUCCGCCUACCGCGCGUUCGAGGCGGACGACGGGGCCAAGCAGAUGACCGCCAGCGCCCCCGAGUUCGUCCCCGGGGCUCGCGGUUGGACCGUCAACCUCGUGAAGACGAACCCGGAGGCCGUGAAGGCCAGGAGGCAGGGCGCACCCGACAUCUCCGAGAGUUCCAAGAACAUGCCGACAUACCAGCGGAAGGAUUUCAUACUUGGCUCUGUCCGCAAGAACACCGUAACCGUCAUCAGCGGAGACACGGGUUGCGGCAAGUCCACGCUGAUCCCACAGCUCAUCUGCGACGCAGAGAACUUGAUCCCCGACGACAAGGUGAUCGUGUGUACCCAGCCGCGCCGCAUUGCAGCCAUCACCCUAGCGCAGUAUGUCGCGGCUGAUCGCGGCCAGGAGCUGGGCGACGAGGUGGGCUACCAGAUUCGCUUCAUCAACGCAUUCAGCGAGCACACGAGGCUCAUCUACGCGACAACCGCUAUUAUCAUGCGGAGGCUCCACUCAGAACCAGAGCUGGAAAGCAUCGGUUGUCUCAUUAUUGACGAGGUACAUGAACGCGACGUCUACACAGACCAUGUGUUGCUGCUGAUCAGGAAUGCGAUGAUGGAAGGCCGGAUGCAACACCUCAAGAUUGUGUUGAUGAGCGCCACGCUGAAGGCAGAGGAUUUUGCCGGCUACUUCGCUGGCGUCAAUGGUGACCAGGCGCUGAAGCCCGUGAAUAUCCCUGGGCGGAUGUACCCCGUGGAGGACUACUACUGGGAGGAUGCGUGCGAGUGGAUGAAGUUCUGCCCGCCGUUGCCGCGAGCGGGCGGCAAGGGCAAGGGCAAGAAGGGCGGCAGUGAUGCUGGACAGAAGCCGGACGACAACACGAUCUGGAAGAUCCACGACAGGAUCAAGGGGUGCGACGUCGCCAAGGGCAGGCCAGGUGCCGAGCGCGUGGAGUCCUACGGCGAGACCGCGCUUCUCGCGUGCUACUGCUGGAAGGAGAACGAGGUCUACAUGGACCUCAUCAUGGACCUCAUCUUUUACUUCCACAAGCAGCAGCCUAAGGGGGACGGCGCCAUCCUCGUCUUCCUGCCAGGGUGGGGCGACAUCUCCAAGGCUUUCAUCGAGCUGUACAGGUCUGGCGAGAACUUCAAACUCAUCGCCUUGCACUCACUCAUGACACCAGAGCAGCAGCAAGAAGCUUUUGAGAAACCGCCGAAGGGUAAGAGAAAGGUGGUGCUAUCCACAAACAUUGCUGAAGCUUCUGUGACGAUCAACGACGUUGUCUACGUCAUUGAUUGUGGCGUUCGUAAAGAGCGGUCGUACGAUCCGAAAACGUCGGUCAGCUCUUUAGAUGCGAAGAUGGUUACCAAGGCGAAUGCUAUCCAGCGCCGUGGUCGUGCUGGUCGUGUGCAAGAGGGUUUGGUUGUGCACCUCUUCCCGAGGUGGCGGACAAGAUGA